CCUAAAUUCUGCUAGGAAACAGAAUUUGGAGGUGUUAACUUGUCCAGAGUCACACAGCUAGCAAGCAGCGGAACUGGGUCUGUUUGAAUCCAAAGUCCACGACACUCUUACCCUCCACACUACACUGCCUCGGUUGAUUGUUGAACAAGGAAGAUCUGGGUGAGGCCUCGUUUCUGUGCCUACCUCAUUUGCAAUGUCUCACCACCCGCGUGUGUGCCUCCUAAGUUAGCUUACAGUCCAAGUUUCGGGACACCAGACAAUUUGCAUAAAUGAUACGCAAACCAGGUAUAUGUAAUUUUCCACACUUGCUGAAAAUUCAAAUUACGUCAACCCCGGGGAGACCCGACGGACCUCAGUUAGCAGGGGGUUCAGAUCCCAUCUGCUCUGGAGCCUCUCUGGGCGAGAGAGGAAGCGGCUCCGGACGGGGAGCACAGUGACAAUUGGAGAAGGGAAGGCAGCCUUUCCUCCCCAGGGAGCAGAGGCGGUCCUGCGGGCAGAGGGAACCUGCAGAGGGCGGUUUCUGUCCUCUUUUCCUGUCCCACCCAGGCGGCCUGGCCCCCACCCCCACUCUGGCUGGCCUCCGCCGCUAACUCUGCGCGUCUGUCCUCGGCUUCCUCCCGCGCGGGGUCCUCCGCCCGUCCCUCUCGCUCGGCCUCUCCGAGCCGCCGCGAAUCUCUGCGGUUCCCGCCCCCGUCGAGUUCAAAAGGACCCGCGGAGCGGCGUCGGGCCCUGCCCGGCAGCCUGUCCGACUGGUAAGAUCUGCCUCUCCUGCAAGGUACUUAACCCUUGGCAGCAAUGACUGACCUCCCGACUACGCCUUCUCCUGGAGAACUGACCACCCCGCUUCUGCAGGCCACUGAGGCCCUGUCCCCAGAAGCUGAAGAAGCCAGCACAGCACUUAUUGCAGUUGUUAUCACCGUGGUCUUCCUCACCCUGCUCUCGGUGGUGAUCUUGAUCUUCUUUUACCUGUACAAGAACAAAGGCAGCUACGUCACCUACGAACCUGCAGAAGGCGAGCCCAGCACCAUCCUCCAGAUGGAGAGUGACUCAGCCAAGGGCAGAGAGAAGGAGGAGUAUUUCAUCUAAUGAUUCUCAGCCCCAAGGAGCUAAUUCCCAGCUCCAGGGCUAACACAUCAACUAUUUAAUUUAUUAGGGGAAAGUUUUUAUCUGAAGCCAGUGAGUGACACUGAUGUGGGCAAUUCCAAGCUCCUUCCAGGGCAUAGGCCCAAAUGCCAACAGGACUGAACUCCCAGUCCAUGACCAGGGACAUGGAGAAAACUGCUUGUUUUUAACCAGGCCAUGUAAUAGAGUUGGUGUUUGUGACUUGCCAACAAGGUGGGGCUAUGCUAGGGAAUAUUUGAGUAUGUGCCUUAACAGGUUGAAGGGAGGAAAAAGAGUGUCACUGGCUAUACUCUUGUUCCCUUACCUGGUCACCUAGCUAUAGCCCUAGUGGAGAUAUCCACAGAAUUUCUUCUGAGAGGCUCAAUAUUAUAGGAAAAGCCUGCUAGGAGGGAUAGGAGACUCAGAGGAUCUUACCUCCUGAUAAAUGUGCUGCAUCCCUUGGUUUGAGCCCCAUGUUCCCCAACAACCUUAUGCUAUUUUUAGCCAAAUUAAACUUUUUGAUAUAAAAAUCAGGUUUUCAUGUGCAAGGAGUAA